AUGAGAAGAUAUUGUAGUUUCGUCCUAGGAGUUCUAUUUCUAUCAUCGGUCCAUGGAUUCUACCUGCCAGGUUUGGCACCGAAUGUAUUCUGUCGACCUGGCGCGGGGAUACAGGACUCCAAAUGCAAAACAAAGGUUGAAGUGUUCGCCAAUCGUCUUGAUUCUGUGGAAUCUGUUUUACCUUAUGAAUAUUCUUACUUUGAUUUCUGUGGAGUCGCUGAUGAACCGUCGCCUGUCGAGAACCUUGGCCAAGUUUUAUUCGGCGAACGUAUUCGUCCGUCACCUUAUAAAUUCGAUUUUCUCAAACCCGAUGAUUGUCAUUUGGUUUGCACGAAACGCUUUGCUGCAACAGAUGCAAUUCGACAAAAAAUGUUAAAACGUUUAAUGAAAGGAAUGGUUUUGAAUUAUCAACAACACUGGAUCGUCGACAACAUGCCUGUUACAUUGUGUUACAAAAACACUGAAAAUCAAGAGUAUUGCUCACGUGGAUUUCCAAUUGGCUGUUACGUAACAAAGAGCGGACAUUCAAAAGAAUCAUGUAACAUUCGCGACGGAAAAAAUGAUACAUUUUAUGUCUUCAACCAUUUGGAUUUUGAAAUCACUUAUCAUAGCGGUCAAGAUGAAACAUGGGGAACUGCUUUCCGUGACGAUGGUGGUCGAAUUAUUGCGGCGAAAGUACAAGUGAAUAGUUUAAAUUCAGAUAAAUGUGAUCGUAGCGCCGAUCCUAUCAUGUUUUCAUCAUCAGCAACAGAUGUCGAAAUUCCAUUUACAUAUAGUGUGAAGUUUACUAAAAACAAUGAGAUUCGCUGGGCUAGUCGAUGGGAUUAUAUCUUAAAAUCAUUACCGCAAACGCGUAUUCAAUGGUUUUCAAUCUUAAAUUCAUUAGUUAUUGUUCUGUUCUUGUCCGGCAUGGUUGCCAUGAUUCUUUUACGUACGUUACACAAAGAUAUUGCUCGAUAUAAUCAAAUGGUUGAUGCUGACGAUGCACAAGAAGAAUUCGGAUGGAAAUUAGUGCAUGGCGAUGUCUUUCGACCACCACAGAAAGGCAUGCUCCUUUCGGUCCUCAUCGGCAAUGGCGUUCAAAUCGGUAUUAUGUCAUUGAUCACUCUGAUUUUUGCUUGCCUUGGAUUUCUUUCGCCGGCAAGUCGUGGUGCUUUGAUGACAUGUGCUAUUGUCUGUUAUGUCUUGUUGGGAACGCCAGCUGGUUAUACAUCAGCUCGUUUGUAUAAGAUGUUCGGUGGUGAAAGAUGGAAGAAGAACGUUUUAAUGACUGCCGUUGCGUGUCCUGGAGUUAUCUUUGCGAUAUUCUUCGUUUUAAACCUUGUCCUGUGGGCAAAUGGAAGUUCAGCGGCGAUUCCAUUCACAACAUUUCUGGCAUUACUUGCUCUUUGGUUCUGUGUCUCGACGCCCUUGGUAUUCAUCGGAGCAUACCUCGGCUUUAAACGCCCCGUUUCGGAAAAUCCUGUUCGAACAAAUCAAAUCCCACGACAAGUUCCCGAACAAACCUUAUACACAAAACCACUACCAGGUAUUCUCAUGGGAGGAAUCCUGCCAUUUGGUUGUAUUUUCAUUCAGUUAUUCUUCAUCCUAAACAGUAUUUGGGCACAUCAAUAUUACUACUUUUUCGGAUUUUUACUUGUUGUCUAUGUCAUUCUGGUCAUCACAUGUUCCGAAACAACAAUUCUUCUCUGCUAUUUUCAUUUAUGCGCUGAGGAUUAUAACUGGUGGUGGCGUUCAUUUUUAACAUCAGGUUUCACUGCAGUUUACUUCUUCCUCUACUCGAUUUAUUAUUUCGCAACUAAACUGGAAAUAUCCGAUGGAACAUCAACAUUUCUGUAUUUUGGAUAUACAUUAAUGUUAACCUUCAUUCUUUUCAUAUUUACCGGUACAAUCGGAUUUCUUGCUUGUUUCUGGUUUGUUCGUAUAAUUUACUCUGUCAUCAAAGUAGACUAA